AUGCUUCGGUCAUGGGUCGGCAGCGGUACGCUCCGCUCUCUUUGCGUCCGACGCUCAAGUCGCUCGCUUCCGUCUCUUAACGCGCGGUUUUCCUCUGCCCCAGCCCGCUAUCUCCAACCCCCGGCCUCCGCAGAUCGCGUCCCCCUCCGCAAACAACUGAAGCAGGAAGCCAAAGCGCUUCGGUCACACAAGAAGCAACGCAAGGAAAGCGAAGAGGCUUCGAGGCAAGAAUGGGAAUUGACCGUCGGCGUGGAAAUCCACGCGCAACUGGAUACUGAAGCCAAAUUAUUUUCUCGAGCAGCAACAUCAACAAGCGAUGUUCCCAACUCCAACGUUGCAUUGUUCGAUCUGGCGUUCCCGGGCAGCCAACCGGAAUUCCAAGUCGCAACACUCUUACCAGCCCUGCGCGCUGCUAUCGCUUUGAACUGUGAAAUCCAGCCUGUGAGUCGGUUUGAUCGGAAGCAUUAUUUCUACCAGGAUCAACCGGCGGGGUAUCAAAUCACCCAAUAUUAUGAACCAUUUGCCCGAAAUGGCUACGUUGAUUUAUUCGAUUACGAUGGAAUUGCUCCGGAAGACGGUGAACGAGUUCGUAUCGACAUCAAACAAGUUCAAUUGGAACAGGACACAGCGAAAUCCCAGGAAUACCCACCCUCGACACAACUCCUCGAUUUCAACCGUGUUUCCCAUCCUCUUAUCGAAAUCAUCACCAUGCCACAAAUCCACACCCCCGCAACGGCCGCAGCCUGCGUUCGGAAACUACAGGCUAUCGUACAAUCGUGUGGUGCUGUGACUACGGGAAUGGAGAUGGGCGGUCUUCGUGCAGAUGUCAACGUCUCGAUCCGACGCCGGGGCGAAGCGCCUGGGCAGCAUCAAUACGAUGGGAUCAGUGGGCUCGGCCAACGUACGGAAAUCAAGAACCUCAGUAGCUUCAAGGCGGUAGAGGAUGCCAUUAUUGCCGAGAAGAACCGUCAGAUUGAGGUUCUCGAGAGCGGUGGUGUUAUCGAGGGAGAGACCCGUGGAUGGACCAUCGGCAGCACUGAAACUCGCCGAUUGCGCGGCAAAGAGGGCUCGGUUGACUACCGUUACAUGCCAGACCCUGACAUUCCCCCGUUGGUCAUCGGAGAGGAUCUGCUCUCCAGCCUCAGAGACUCUCUUCCCACAGCACCAGACGCACUUCUCACUUUACUAGUCGGGUCUGAGUUCAGUCUACCCAUCGAGGAUGCCAAACCACUCAUCGAGCUGGACAACGGAGCCCGCCUUGAGUAUUAUCACGAUGUGGUGGACAUCCUUCGCAGUCUUCAGGUAGACCAAGACGACAAAGCGCGUGCCAGUCUCGCGCGGGUGGCAAGCAAUUGGGUGUUACACGAGCUGGGAGGUCUCUUGGCCAAGGCAGACCGCGCAUGGGACACAGAGAUUGUCCCGGCUCGGUCCCUUGCCCACCUCAUCGACCAGCUGCAGCGAAAAUUGAUCACCGGCCCAACAGCCAAACUGGUGCUGGCCACCAUCUUUGACGGGGAUCGUCGACCAGUGCCGCAACUUCUGGAAGAAGAGAAUCUCCUAUUGCGGCCGUUGUCACGGGAGGAGUAUGUGGUGCUGGCGGAGUCUGUCAUUGCCAUGAAUCCGCAGAUGGUUGAGCAAAUCCGCACCAAGAACCAGCUGGGCAAACUCGGGUGGUUCGUGGGACAAAUGAUGCGCACUGGUGAAAAGGGCCGGGUGGAGGCGCCCAAAGCAGAAGAGAUUCUCCGCGAGCUGAUCCUUGGACAGUCUGUAUAG